AGGGCAAGUCAAGAGGUGACAGGAAACAAGAUGCGGUACGUGCUCAAGUUCCUGGGAAAGAGUAGGCACUCCGAAGUCCGUCGGCCCAGUCCCCCAGUCCGAGUCUACCCGUCAAGCCGAGACAUUCGAUUUCGAAUUAGCCCCUCGUCCCGAAAUCACGCCAAAAUUCCCAGUUAAUCCUGAGAACGGCUGAGAUUCAGCAAGAAUUUGAGCGAUUUGAGCCAAGUGCAAAGUAGACAAACGAUGAAGCCCAAGUCCAAGCAGCGGUCGCCAAUGAAGGCGGCUAAGAAAGUGUCGAGAGCAAAAAUCUCGAGCCCGCGCAAUUCCGUCAAGCAGAAAUCUUUGAAGAAUCCCAUGAAGAAACCCUUGCGACGUUGCCAGCAACCCACAACUUUGGGUUCCGCCAAGGUGAAGCCGCUGACCAAAUCGCUUGUGACCUUCAAGAAGGGCCAAAAGAAGCCGAUGGAUGCAUUGCAAUCCCUGGGAAUGUCCCGCAGGACCAAGCUCAUAGAUGCCAGUCCGCAGAAGAAGGCGGACGCUACUCCAGUGCUCUUUCUGCUGAAGGAUUCAAAGGGCCAGAAAGUAAGGAAGGCUUCGAAGGCGGGAAGAAGGAAGCAACGUUUGCCCCGCAUGGAUCCGCGUUGGAUGAGCCAAGUGGAGAAGAGGACCGCCAGCGAGGGUGUGGACUUCUUCUAUAAUCUGGGCAUGCGAGGGAAUCAGACGGCUAAGAAUCAACAGGUGCGGCAGCAGCGUGGUGGUGGAGCAGCAGGAUUCGAGGGCAGACUGGCAGGCGGAGAAGGAGUAGGUGGAGGCAGGGGAGGAUCUAGACUGGGUGGCUUGGCUGCUCUGCCAGGAUCGGGGAGGCUCGGUCCUUCUGGGCUAUCGUCCAUUGUCGGCGGUGUGAUCGCCGCCAAGGACGUGGUAGUGCCGCUGACCAACCGACUGCCCAUCAUCGACUUUAUCUCCACCAACGAGUUCCAAAACAUGUACGCCUCUGCGAUGCGGAAGCCACAGUCCCGGAGAAUUGUCCAUUGACGAGUGUCACAUUGACAUUUCAAGUACAAAUUACCCGUAAAGCAAAUGGAGAAGACCCAAAAAUGAUCAAAAAGUAACGAGCACACAACUACCCCUAAGGAGGUUUUAAAGAGUCACCUAUUCUUUUAUUGUUAAAAAUUAACGGGUGCUUCAACAGAGAACCAGCUUCUUCUGGAGGGCGAUAGUGUGCAACAGAAAAAAGUUAAAACUAAUACAUUAACUCUUUAAACACAUUAACACAUUAAAUCUGCGACAUGAAUUAAAAAAAGGAACGAGUGCUCUAACCGAGAAACUAGUAGUAUGUCAAUGUAAGAAGUGUUUCGACAGAACAACCAGUAAGGAGAGCGGCAAAAAUAUUCAAUAACCAACCGUAAACUAAGCUUGACCCAAGAUUUUCGAGAAAAUUCUGAUCUCAUGAAAAACCUCCGACAUGGGUAAAGUAACGAGUGCUUUGAUGAUGUUGAAGUGGGAAGUGUUUCGGCAGAACAACUAGUAACGAGUGUGGCAAGAAAAUAUUCAAUAACUUGGCUUUAACCUAUGAUUGUCGAUAUAAAUCUGAUCUUAUUGGAGGAAACGUGCGACAUGGGUAAUGGAUUCAGUAAUCAACGAGUAUGGAACUUCUGAACAACAAAGAAAGAACUUAUCCGCGCAAGUUUUGAGCGAACGCGAAACAUUUUCAUUUCGGUUGGUUUAUUUGGACAUACCAGAAAUACAUAUUCCCAAAUGAAA